CUGAAUAUGUGCAUAUGUAUAAUAUAUAGUAUAUAUAUAUUGUUAACGUAAUCCAAUUUUGAAACUUCCGUUAUCGGCUGUUGUCUCGCAGACUCGGGACUCUCUCUUUCUCCCCCCUUCACUCUCUCUCUAAAACUUUAUCUCUCUAGAGUGAAAUUUCUCUCUCUGCAUAUGCAGAAACAAGCCACUCGAUCUCUGCCUCUUCAUUCUCUUCGUUCUUGUCUUUAAAUUUUCAAUACAAUACACACACUAUAUUGUAUAUAAUAUAGACUAAUUAGCCGUUGUUUGUUUCGGUUGUUGGUGAAAGUAAAAAGGGCAAGAGAGAGUCAGAGAGAAAAGCAGAGCCAAAGGAAAUGCCGGUUUCUUUUCCCACCCGAUUUCCGAUCUUCUUGGCGUUCGCCGCCGUGGUUCUGCCGGCGGCAGCGGUGCUCUGUGGGUUCCCGGCCAGUCUCACCCUCGAGAGAGCUUUCCCGACGAGUCACAGAACCGAGCUGAGUCAACUCAGAGCUCGCGACAGCAUUAGGCACGGUCGAAUCUUGCAGUCUUCAGGAGGUGUCGUUGAUUUUCCCGUUGAAGGCACCUACGAUCCCUACCUUGUUGGGCUUUAUUUUACAAGAGUUCAAUUGGGUUCUCCUCCAAAAGAAUUCUAUGUUCAGAUUGAUACUGGAAGCGAUGUCCUGUGGGUUAGUUGCAAUUUGUGCAAUGGUUGUCCCACAGCGAGUGGACUCCAAAUUCAGCUCAAUUUUUUUGAUCCUUCGAGCUCAUCUACAGUUUCCAUGAUCCCUUGUUCAGACCAAAGAUGUGCUUUAGGAGCUCAAUCUUCGGAUUCUGGCUGUUCUACUCAGAAUAAUCAGUGCGGUUACACAUUCCAAUAUGGAGAUGGCAGUGGUACAUCGGGUUAUUAUGUAUCAGACUUGAUGCAUUUUGACACAAUUGUUGGGAAUUCAUUGACUACAAACACUUCGGCUCCCGUUGUCUUUGGUUGCAGCACAUCACAGACUGGGGACUUGACUAAGUCAGAUAGAGCAGUUGAUGGGAUCUUUGGGUUUGGGCAGCAGGGCUUGUCUGUCAUCUCGCAACUUUCUUCUCAGGGAAUUACUCCAAAGGUGUUCUCCCAUUGCUUGAAAGGAGAUAACGGUGGUGGUGGCAUAUUGGUCCUUGGUGAGAUUGUGGAGCCGAAUAUAGUUUAUAGUCCACUUGUCCAAUCACAGCCACAUUAUAAUUUGAAUCUGCAGAGCAUUUCUGUCAACGGGCAGACAUUAUCCAUUGAUCCAGCAGUGUUUACAACAUCUAACAACCGAGGAACUAUAGUCGAUUCUGGAACUACUUUGGCAUACCUUGCAGAAGAAGCUUAUGAUCCUUUCAUCAAUGCUAUCACACAGGCUGUUUCACAAUCUGUGCGCCCCCUUCUGUCCAAGGGAAACCAAUGUUAUUUAAUAACCUCCAGUGUCUCUGAGAUAUUUCCUACAGUUAGUUUAAACUUCGCUGGUGGUGCAUCCAUGAUUUUGAAACCUCAGGACUACCUUUUACAGCAGAAUUCCAUUGGUGGUGCUGCGGUGUGGUGCAUUGGCUUUCAGAAAAUCCCGGGUCAAGGAAUUACAAUUCUAGGAGACCUUGUUCUCAAAGACAAGAUCAUUGUUUAUGAUCUAGCUGGCCAACGGAUCGGAUGGUCUAAUUAUGACUGUGCAUUGUCUGUCAAUGUCUCCACAACCACGAAUGCCGGUAAAAGUGAAUUUGUCAAUGCAGGACAGAUUGGUAAUAGCAGUUCAUCACGAGAUGCAGUCUACAAACUGAUACCGAGUAGCAUCGUGGCUCUCCUCUUGCACAUAUCAGUGUUUGGCAGUUUCUCAUUUUUGCAACAUCUAGUCUAUGAGGUUUAAAACACCAUUUUUUGUUCCACUGUAUAGUGCCUUGCCUGAUAUUUAUUUGUUCCAAUUGGCAGGGAUGUGUUUUAUUAGUUGGAUUGCUGCUUUUUAUUCUCCCUCCAGUAGUCCACUGUUCCAAUAGACUUUUUAAUUUUAGUUUCUUUUAUUUUAUUUUUUUAUUUUUUGGUUAGAUGUGUAAAAUUACCCCUUUCUCUGUGGGGGUUUUGUUGUUAGCAUUGUACACUAGAUACAUACAGGAUUAUAUUAAUUACACUAAUACAAAAUUCUUGUUUUA